AUGACUACUACAGAUACACUCCCCGAAAUUAACAUCCUCCUCCUCGGCGAAACCGGCGUGGGAAAAUCCACCUGGCUCAACAGUUUCCUCAACUACAUAACCCACCCUUCUCUCUCAAUCGCCAAAUCAUCCGAGCCCCUGCUACACCUCAUCCCCACAAUGUUUACCAUCACCACGCCCGACUUCCAAGAGGUUGUCGUCCAAGUGGGGGAUCCGUCCUUGGCAGAAAAUCUGAAAACUGGAGAGUCUGCCACCCAAGCUGCGCAAAUCCACUCUUUCCGCACCCCCUCAAACAUUAUCAACUUUAUCGACACGCCGGGGAUUGGAGAUUCUCGUGGAAUAAUUAAAGACGGGGAAAAUAUGGAAAGCGUCAUGGCGGUUAUUAAACCGCUCGGAAAGCUGCACGGGAUUUGCAUCCUCCUAAAACCGAACGAAGCCAGGUUGACGCUCUCGUUCAGGUUUUGCAUUCAAGAGCUGCUUGGUCACCUUCAUAAGGAGGCUGUUUCAAACAUUGUCUUCUGCUUUACGAACACGAGGGGGAAUUUCUACAGGCCGGGAGAAUCGAUCAAAUCGUUGAAACAGUUGGUCAGCAAUAAUCUUCCGGGGAGAAGUUCGGCAAGUCUGGGGCUUGAUUCGGGCAGCAUUUUUUGCUUUGAUAGUGAAGCCUUUAGGUAUUUGGCGGCAUACAAACAGCAGCAGGACAACAAGGACAGCGAACCGCUGUUUUCUGAAGACGAGUCCGCAAGUUUCGAGCAGAGUUGGAAGAAAUCCAGCGCCGAGGCUGAGAGGAUGAUUGCGCAAAUUAUGUCCCUAACUCCCCACAAUCUAGACUUAACACUGGAUCUCUUCCGAUUGCGGAGGUACGUUGACGCCAUCACCAUUCCGGUUGUGGAACUUAAACAGAAGCUACAGCUGGAAAUCCACAAUUUAGAAAAGUCUAGGGAAGACGUGCAGCAACAGCAAGACGCGACCACCGCCAUGGUGUCGGAUCUUUUUAAGGAGGCGACGAUUUUAAAGCGGGAAAAGUUAAAUCACCUCAACAUCGUUUGCACGCAUGACGAUUGUUCUGCCCCUCACGGAGAGAAUGAGCGACAUUUUAUGAAAAUAUGUCACGAAAAUUGCACCUGUUUGACGACUGGAGCUGACCUAAAUAUACAAAAUCAGGCCAAAUUGCUACAAUGUAAAGAAUUGAGCUCCGGCUCAACCUGCAAGGUGUGUGGGCACCCUUGGCAGAUUCAUAUGGCCGUGGAUUACGGUACCAAGAUGGUGGCGGAGCAGCAAUUCAACUCGGCAGGGGCUGCGGAUCUUCUAGUCAAUUUUGGCAAGACGGUUUGGAAAAGGAGUGAAAGUGAUGGAAUCCAACGCCGUGUCAAUGAGCUUAAAAAGGAACUCCAAACAAUUCAAGAUGCCACGUCCUCACUCGUCUCAAUGUUACAAGCGAAUGCAGUUGAUGAUGAAAACGACGCCGUGGAAGAAUAUAUGGAGCGUCUCAUUAAAGAUGUCAAACCCGGUGAUGAACACGACGCGUUGGAGGAAUUGCGAGACAGCUAUGCAAUUAAGAAGGAAGCAUUUUCCAGCGUGGAAAAUGAUAACGAUUGUAAACUGGAUAUGCAGAAGGUUGACGCGUUGCUGGACUCUUUACUGUCAUUGAAGUUGUCGGGGGAUUGUCUCAGACAAAAGGUGAAUCCUAUAAGUGAAAAGGUAGGGGGCAAAAUUUGGCAACGGAAAAGAUGUGAAGGGGAUGAUAAAGAUAAAUGCAACAUUUGCUAG